GAAGGGGGUUUCCUCUGUACAAAGAUAUUUAAAGGGGAGGUGAUAGUAUGGCAAAUUUUUGUAAACAGAGCAUAGAAAUUCGUUUUUUCCCUGAACUAGCAAUGCUAGUUCAUUUGUUUGUCCUGUGUUGUGUAACAGCGAGUGGCAGGUAAAGACCAAUAACGAAAGUUUUUUCCUGAAAUAAAUAUUUCCUCUGCAGCUGAAGAGGCAGCUCUCCGGGGUGGUUUUGUUUUCUCGAUGAUAGCCUAACAUCUUUGCGGCGUAUAUCGGAUAAGCUCGUCUGUUGUUAUUUUGAUGUUGCUUGCUAGCUGGAAAUCUUAACGCCAUUUUCGUCUUUGUAUUACGUACAAGGCACAUGAAGUGACUGAUCUCUAUUUCGAAAUAGAGUUUUGCUAGCAGGGAUAGCUGUCGGUCUCUCCCUGGGUCCUCUUUAGCGGAGGGGAAAUUCAUUUCGUCCUUUUCCUGUAGCUUAGGGUAUUGCAUAAUGUGGCAGUAAGCUGUGGUUUAACCCAAUAAUAGUUUGUUUUGAGGGAAAAAAAAUACUCCUUUAUCUUCGACGACGGUGCUAACGUUGGCUAACAGUAGCAAUAUUCCAACAUGGGAGUCACCAACAUAUACAUUAAAAUAGGAUAUGCUACUGUUGGUACUGUGUUUGGACUGUCGGCUUUCUUGGUCUGGAAUAUCGCAUAUAAACAACCAUGGACGGCGGCUAUGGGAGGCCUGUCAGGAGUUUUAGCGCUCUGGGCUCUCAUCACACACAUCAUGUACCGUCAGGACUACUGGCGAACCUGGCUCAAGGGUCUUAGAUUCUUCAUCGCUGUUGGAGUAUUCUUCUCAGUUUUGGCUGUGGCUGCCUUUAUUAUCUUCCUAACUAUGGCCAUCGCACAGAAGCAAUCUUUCACUGACCCGAAGAGCUUCUACCUCUCCUGUGUGUGGAGCUUUCUGACCCUCAAAUGGUCUUCCCUCUUGGCCUACUACUCAUACAAUUACCGCCAGGAGUUUGCGGACAUCAGCAUCCUCAGUGAUUUUUAGUCAGUACUCAUUUUAAAGACUUUGGUGGACUUAAGGGGUUUUAGGCUGCCAGCGGGAGAUGGACAAUGAGCUUUU